UAGCAGCCUAGGAGAUACGCACUCACUUGUAUCUCAGAGCACCACGCAUCAUGCUUCCUCCUCUCCUCCUUUCUUCUCUCUCCUUUUCCCUUGCUUUUCUUUCAGAUUCUUCAGGUUCUGAUAUGUGUCCGUUGGGUCAGUUUCCGUGUGGGAAUCUGUCAGUGUGUUUGCCUCAACCACAGCACUGUAAUGGGCACCAGGACUGUCCUAACGGAGCAGAUGAAGAGAACUGCGUGGAUAACAGUGGUUGGCCCCAUCUAUUUGAUGCCUUCAUGAAAACAAGGGUCCAGGAGUCAAAAGAGUGCAUGUUAGAUGUCUAUCCAGAUGUGUGUCAUUGUGAGGGACGGAAAGUGAAUUGUAAUGGCAAAAACCUCCUUCAUGUACCUGUUGUAUCAUCUAAUGUAACUGCACUAGAGCUGAACAGUAACAGGAUUGAAUCUCUCUCUCGUGAUCUGUUCAUCCGCUACAGACACCUGGAGAGACUACAUCUGGAAAGUAACAGUAUAGAAAUGAUCUCCAAGAGGGCAUUUUCAGGACUGAUCUCUUUGCGUAAACUUUUUUUGAGUCAGAACAGAAUUGCAUCUCUGAAAGCAGGAAUAUUUAGUGACCUCAGCAGUCUGGAGUGGCUGAUUCUGGAUGAAAACAGAAUAUCAUCCCUGCGUCAGAAGUCUUUUGAAGGCCUGAAAUCAUUAUUUUUCCUGUCUUUAUUAAAUAACUCUGUUGAACAAUUUCCUAAAACAUCGAUUUGCCUUGAGAUGCGUCUCAACUGGCUGGAAAUGGAGGGGAAUAGAAUUUCAUCUCUCUGGGCGUCUAGUUUUAAGAACUGCUCCUCUCUUACUGUCUUAGCAUUGAGGAGAAAUCGUAUCAGCACCAUUGAGGAGGGAACAUUUGCAGACAUGCAAAGAUUGAUAGACCUAGACGUGUCCAUGAACCAGAUCAAAGACCUGCCUCCAUCUCUGUUUCAGAACCUCCAGAACCUCAAACAGCUAAAUAUUUCCAACAAUCCCCUGACAAACAUAUACGACGAUCAAUUUGACAGUCUGGUCAAUCUGCAGUCACUGAGUAUGGAAGAGGUAGAGAUUCCCAACAUCAGCAUCAGGAUGUUCCGACCUCUAACUAACCUCACUCACAUUUAUUUUAAGCGUUUUGAAUUCUGUGGAUAUUCUCCCAACGUGCGGAGCUGCAAACCAAACACAGACGGAAUCUCAUCCUUCGAGAAUCUGCUGGCAAACAUAAUUCUACGCGUGUUUGUCUGGGUCGUCGCCUUCAUCAUUUGCUUCGGAAACAUCUUCGUCAUCUGCCUGCGUUCCUGUAUUGCUUCAGAGAAUCAACAUCACACGAUGGCCAUAAAAUCCCUUUGCUGUGCAGACUGUCUCAUGGGCGUGUAUCUGCUUUUCAUCGGCGCCUUUGACAUCAAGUAUUGUGGCGAGUACAACCGGCAUGCUCAGAUAUGGAUGGAGAGUAUGUCUUGCCAGUUGAUUGGCUCUCUGGCCAUGCUAUCCACAGAGGUAUCCGUCAUGAUGUUGACCUAUAUGACACUAGAGAAGUACCUGUGCAUCGUCUUCCCGUUCCAGCAUUACCGCGCCGGGCGAAAACAGACCCUGUGCUCACUGACCUUCAUCUGGUUGCUAGGAUUUAUCAUUGCCGUUAUUCCCUUCUGGGAUAAACAGACAUUCGGGAAUUUUUAUGGGCGAAACGGAGUAUGCUUCCCUCUUCACUCAGACCAGACUGAGAAACCUGGUGCCAGAUGCUAUUCUACAGCUAUUUUUCUCGGUCUGAAUCUUCUGGCUUUCGUGAUGAUUGUAUUCUCCUACUCCAGUAUGUUCUACUCAGUCCAGAAGACAGCAAAGACAGCUCGUCAAACAAUAUAUGACAGAGAAGUCACUAUCGCAAAGAGGUUUUUCUUCAUUGUGUUUACUGAUGCCAUGUGCUGGAUUCCCAUCUUCCUCCUAAAGAUACUAUCACUACUAAGAGUACAGAUCGCUGGUACCCUCAUUCUGUGGGUGGUGAUUUUUAUCCUUCCUAUAAACAGCGCCCUGAACCCCAUCCUGUACACUAUCACAACCAGCGCCUUUCAGCAGAGACUCAAACAGUGUUUAAAAUAUCGCUGCCAGCAGACUAACUGACACACACAUACACACACUAUGCACAUGCUCUGAGAUUUAUAUUCCACGCGGAAUAAAAGGUUGAAAGACGACAGGAUAACGACCACACUCGCAAGAUGCUCUCAUCCUUAGCACAAGCCGGUAAGGCGUAUAAGAGUAACGAGAGCACACACGGCAACAUUAACCAGCGGACCAUCAUAAACAAUAUACGCUUAUGCAAUUAAAAUGUAAAACCAAGCCUUAUAUUAAAAACAAAUAAACGAGAUACAUGCAAAUCAAAGACACUUCAACUGCCAUAUAGACCUAGAGCGUGUACAUGCAGGGUAAGCCAAACUCUGUGGCUGUCAGAGAAAGCAUAGAGGAAACGGGUUCGGAAGGGAGCCCGGUGGGCUGAGGAUUGGAACCCUUCCGACUGAUUUAAUUGCGUUUUUGUGUUCUUGUGCGGAUGUGUAUGGAAAACAAAGGGCCAGUUGCAUACAGUCAGGAGAGAAAUGACCAAAAACUGAAUGGCGGAGAGGAAGAUACACAAAAAAAGAUUUCACAUUAAAACCAAUCGCAGCACUUCAUUCGUGAACAAAAAAAAAUACAAAGAAAUACAGUUCAUUACGGUGUUCAUGUUGGCAUCACAGUACUAAUUUGUUCCAGAUUGCUGUUAUUAAGAUUACAUGAAGUUAUUGUAUGAGUCUAUUAUUUAUGGAACUCACGGCUUUCGUUUGUCUGCUGUAAUUUGUCAGUUGUCUACAAUAUGUAAAAUGAAUGUAACAUCCAAAUAAUUGCAAUGAAUAAAUUAUAAUUAUUUCAUUA